GUAAACCGGUGAUGCAUGUGUAUUAGUGACGUGUGUGUAUUUGUGGACGAUCAUCGAGAAACAUUCGGCUGUGAGACCAAAGGUUGGAAAAAAUGGAUCAAAUUCGGCACAAAUGUGGGUACUGUGGGUGGAUUUUCCGCUUCACUACAAAUUUUAUUGAUCAUGACUGCUUCAAACAUUAUAUCGAAGGUGUAGACCACAUCAGCGUUGACGAAAACUAUGUCGUGACAAUAGCAGUUAGAAGCAAACGUGGGCUUUACGACUUUCGUGUACCUGCUUCGGAGAGAACCAUGUUGCGCAAAAAUGCAUUAUGGGUGGAAGUUUCAAACAUAUUAGGAGGAUCCCUCAGUUCAGAAGAGGCUAAGGCUCGAUGGAAAUAUCUACGAGACAACUACAUAAAAGCCCGCAAAAAGGUUCGGGCGUACGUGCCCAGCGGAUCGGCAGGUACUGCUGCUAAUGUCAUUACCGAGAAUAAGUCAAGGUUUCAAUAUUAUGAACUUAUGAGAUUCCUGAACGAUUCAUUGCAGACACGGCCGACAGUAAGUUCGUUGACAGAUUCCAGUGCUAAAAGUGAAGUAGAUACUUCACUUGACACAGGAAACGAGCAACACGAGGGUAAUACCUUAGCUAAGCCUUCGACGACGCUUCAGAUUUCGGCUAUCAACAAUUCUCCACAGACACCGGCAUUUUCUUAUAUUCCUUCACGGACGUCGACACCCACAAAUAUUUCUUCACAGACGCUUGAUUCCAUCGACGUUCUUUCACGAACCCCAUCACCCACGACAGAUUUUUCAUGGAAAUCAACUCAAAGAAGAGUACCUACACGGACACGAGCCACAGGAUCGAAACGUUUGUUUAUUUAUAUUUUCAUCUGUUAA